UUCGUCUAUACUUUGUUUUCUGAUUACAGCAAAAACUUUUGAUGACCGGGUUGAGAGAAGCUGAAAUUCAAUGCGGAUGAUGCGUGGCCUUUUUUUACCAAAUCACAUAAUCUGUGAGAUCCUCAGCUGGCUACCAGUUAAAUCAUUAUUAAGAUUUAAAUGCGUAUGCAAAACGUGGUUUAACAUAAUUCAAGAUCCUGAGUUCAUUACUAUCCAUAUGGUUCGAGCUCCUUGUUCUUGGGUAUAUCAAAGCACAUAUAAUGAAAAUUCUUGUGCAAAUUUUACUUUCUCAACAUACUGGCAAGGACUGGUGCUGGAAAGAAACAACUCGACCAAUGCAUACAGAUUAAGGAAUCCAGCAACUAGACAAAUACUUGAUUUGCCUUGUCCUCCUUCUCAUCAAAAUAUUAUCUACAUAAACAUUUUUUUCAUUCCGAAAACCAGCGAUUUGAAAUUGCUUAAUAUAAGUUGUUUGCAGGAAGAAGGAGAUAUACAUACGAAACGUUACAAUAUUCUCAGUAUUAAUGAUCUUACAUGGAAAUAUGUUGAUUCCACCUCGUGUGAUCCGACAAAGUUUCAAGUAAGAAAAUUACAUGCAGAGACAAAAUUCUAUCUCUUCAAGUUGGGAUUAGUGGGUGAUUCUUAUUUUGAUUGCCUUGAUUUGGAAAACGAUCGAAUUACUAGAGAUAUUAAGAUUCCUCGGAAAUUAUUUCUGGACUGGAAAAAUGUGCAUGCUCUUAACUGGAAAGACGGGAAGUUAGCGCUUGCUUGCAUAGAUCAAAAACAGCAGUUGAAUUUAUGGAUCUUGGAAGAUGACAAGAAGAAUAAAUGGGCUGAAACCAAGAUUACCAUAUCCUUGACUUUCUUAAAGGAUUAUCCAAGCAUGUCGAGUCAAAACAUUAUUCCUUGGACAGUGAAAGAAAAUCAAAUAUGGUGGUAUCAUGUCACAGACGAUUCUCAAGACAUAUUUGUUUUUGACAUUGAAUCUAGAGAGGUUGACUUCCAAACAUCCCCGACUACAAAAAAGAAGAUCUUGUACAUUGAUAAACCUAGCUUGACAUAUAUCAAAGGAAUGCAUCCAGAAACUCAAAAGGUAAAAUGUUCAGAAAAAUAGUUAGUUAAUUGUUAUAUUUGAGUCUGAA